AUGGACCUGCCAAUGGCUGCUUUAUGGGCAUUCAUGGUCGUCUUGUUCCGCAUGAGCGACGUUGUGCUGUCAUCCUCUUCCGAGUGCCAACCUUCCGAUUCCCAUUCCGCGGCCUUGCUGCAGCGUGAGACGAACCAGAGGGCACGAGCAGAAAGCUCCGAGGAGCAAGGGGCGGAUGAGGAGUUGGAGGUGAUGGAGCACGACAGGAGAUCUGUCUCCGGGUGGGCCAGAGGGGAACAAGAACUCAGCAGCCUUGCUGCAGCGCGCCGCAGACGCUCAGACGCGACAUUCACAUACACGACAACCACGACUACAACACCAUGGUGGGCAAAAGACGUUGAUGAUCGACUCGAGGUGAUGAAAACGGAGCUGUCAGAGGUUGCGAAGCAUGUUCAACGCCUUGAAGGGCAAGAAAACUCAACAGCUUUGCUACAGCACGUGACUGAUCACGACAUGCAAGGCGGCAGCAUCACGGAGGCUUUGGACGAAGAGGAGGCGGACGAGGAGGCGGACGAGGAGGACAAGCUCCGUUGGGCGCGCCGCCGGAGACGCUCGCAGAGAACACGCCCCCUCAUCAUCGACACAGACCCCACACCACCGUAUGUCGGGCCUCUCGAUGACCGGCUCGACAUGAUUGAAAUCGAACUUGAGGAGGUUGAGCAGCGCAUUCAGCAGCUUGAGGGGGAGGAAAACUCAACAGCGGUUGCUGCAGCUUGA